AAGCCGGGCUCAGCUGCCGCCUCGCAGCCCACCCCGCGCCUGCGCGCUUCGCCGCCGCCCACCAUCGCACGAGGCGGCAGGAGCGGAGGCGGGAGCGGAGGCUGAGCGGGAAAACGGGCGGCCGAACGGCAGGAUUCUAGAACUUAGCUUUUGAGCCACGUUGAAGAUAAAAUAAUGUCUAAACGAAAAUGUCUGUUUACUGAGAAAACAAGGCGCAAUUAUCCUGAUUUUCGUAAAGGUAGAGAUGACUACGAAGCAGAGUGUUUGGUCUGCAAACCUGGCACAUUUGUGUCAGUUGCACAUAAAGGUCCCGGUGAUCUGGAGUAUCACAUGUCCUCUGACAAGCACAAGAAAGCACUCAAAGCCUACAAACGUAAUAAAGCAUUAACACGGGACAACUGGUCUGCAAAAACGGACUUUUUUGUGGAUCCAGACAGUGAAACAGAGGAUGCUGUUACUGCAGCUGACAGCACUCUAGCAUUCCAUACAGUCAUGAAUCACAAAAGUUACAAAUCAGUGGAUGAUAAUUCUGACUUGCUGAGAAAAUUAUUUCCUGAUGCAGACAUAGCUCAAAAAUUUUCCAACACCCAAACGAAGACCGAACCUAUUGAGAACUCUCUGCUUGCCCAGCAUGCAGUCAACAUUGACCUGAAGGCACUUGAGGAAAAUUGCAUCCCUUUCUGUGGAGUGGCUAUGGAUGACAGCAAUCACAGUGCAGUGAAAAUGUUUCCCGUACUUAUCCAAUAUUAUGACUACAGGAAUGGUGGCUUGAGAACCAAACUCCUAGAACUUCAGGAAACAGCCACUGAGACGGGCGAUGCCGUUUCAGACCACCUUGUCAGAGUUCUCAAGAAAUACGGAUUGCUCCAGAAGUGUGUGGCGUUUGCAGGGGACAACUGCAACACCAUGAUUGGUGGGCUUCGGCAAGACGACGCAGCAAGGAGUAUCUUCACCAAGUUGAAGAAAGCACUCCAGAGAGAGUCGUUAAUUGGGGUGUACUGCCCUGCCCACAUUUUGCACAACUGCAUCCAUCACGGAGCAGACACCCUCGAUGUGGACAUUGAGCACAUCAUUCUGAAGAUCUACCAGUACUUCCACAUCUACACGGUACGGACUGAGCUCCUACAAGAAUACUGUGAGUUUGUCGAGGUGGAGUAUAAAAGACUGCUCUCCCACAGCAAGACUCGGUGGCUGUCCUUAUUCCCUGGCAUCACAAAACUGCUUCAGGUGUAUCCAGCCUUGAAGUCCUUCUUCUUGGCCCAGAGCAAUCCACCUACUGUGCUCAGGAACUUUUUUGAGGACGAGUUCGGUGAGCUGUACCUUUGGCACAUGCAUUCGCUCAUGAACGCAUUCCAUUUACACAUUGAAGAGAUGGAACGGGAAAAUAACUCCCUUGUGGAAGUGAUGAAGACGUUGGACUCCGUGCACACCAUCCUGCUUGAUCGUAGAGCUCAGAACUUCAUGUCCCUCACGGUGAAGGGGAUGCUUGCGGAGAAGCGCAAGGAGGGGCUAGAGGCAGCGUGCGAUGCUUUCUCUGACGCAGUGCAUCGCCUCUACAGUAACUGCAUAGAAUACUUGGAGAUGUGGAUGGCAUCUCUGCAGGAGUUUUCCUGCUUCACGUGGAUGGCUCUCAGUGAUACGCCAAGCUGGAGUGAUGUGGAGGCAUGCAUAACGUACUUGAUGGAGAAGGGUGUGGAAAUUGACAGUAUGAAGUGUUUUGUUCAGUUCAAAUAUCUGAAAAAAUUUGUUGAGGCUUCCAGUGAUGAAGAAGAGUUUCAACAUCUGCUUUCACACCAAAAAUGGACCAAAUAUUUCCUGAAAGCUAAAGCCAUUGAAUGCUAUUCAGAGCUGUUAAAAAUUGCCCAGUUCUUCUUUGCAAUUCCUUCCCGCAGUGUAAAUACUGAGCACUUCUUUUGAUUGAUGCAAGACUUGCCUGAAGGGUUCCUGAUCCUACAAUAUAAUUUUAGAGACACCUGUUGUAAAGACUCCUGUUCCAUGCUUGAUUUGCUCUAAUGAGAAAUACAUGUGUACCCAGUGAGAAGAAAUAGAAAAGGAGAU